GCCUACAAAGGUCCGUAUAGUUAAAGCUAUGGUUUUCCCAGUAGUGAUGUAUGGAAGUGAGAGCUGGACCAUAAAGAAGGCUGAUCGCCGAAGAAUUGAUGCAACAUUUAAAAGGACAUAGGCACUAAUUGAAUUCCAAACUCCUACUGUCCCAACGCAGCAGGGGCACAGACAGUUCUCGGCCGCUUUGGGGUGAAUCGCAUUUCUUACAAGCCUAAUUCUCAGUGGUGUUUUGGCUUUAUGUUUCAGGGAGGAGUCCUCUUGCUGCUGCAUCAUCAAUUCACCGGCAUUAAGGUAACAUUUCCACCCUUGUGGAGACGUGUGGAUUGUCUCAACAGCCUCUUUCGACUGGCCCCAGUUGGCACCAGCCAGGGGAUUCCUCCUUUUUGCUGAGGGGAAGGUUGGAGAGAAAAUGGCCGCCACACAGGAAGUGCCUCCUCCGGCGCUGGGCCUCCAUUUUUUGUACCCGUUAGAAGACACGCUGCCGCCACGGGUGAAAAUGGAGGAGCCUGGGCCGCCAUGCCCCGAAGCAGGGUGGGAAUGGGACGCCGCAGGGAAGGCCCCCCUCGUCGUCCAGGCCGGCACUAUUAGCGACUUGCUGAGGUGGGCGACCCCUCCCCAGGUGAGGAGCGACCCCAUCCCGCAGCUGUGGGAGGUUCAGUGCCAGGAGAUGGUGCAGACCCCCGUGGCAGUGCCGCCCCCGCCACCUGCCUGGGGGAACCUCCAGCUCCCCGAGCUGGCGCCCGUGGACGACAUUGAGGCCUACCUGUCAUCCUUCGAGCGGGUGGCCGAAACCUGCCAGUGGCCGAGGGGAGAGUGGGUGACCCGCCUCAUGCCAGCCCUCAGCGGGAAAGGCCAGCCACCCCACAACGGCCUGGACGCCAGGAGCAGCCGGGGAGACCACAGGAAGUCCAAGUCCUCCGGCCUGCGAGGGGAGGCCGGGCCCAGCGUGGAGAUGCAGCGCCAGCGCUUCCGGCAGUUCCGCUACCAGGACUCGGAAGGCCCUCGGGAGGCUUGCCGGAGGCUGAGGGAGCUCUGUCGCCGCUGGCUGAAGCCCGAGAGCCGCACUAAGGAGCAGAUCCUGGAGCUGCUGAUCCUCGAGCAGUUCCUGACCAUCUUGCCCCAGGAGAUACAGAACUGGGUGUGGGAGCGUGGCCCAGAGACAUGUGCCCAGGCGGUGGCACUAGUGGAAGGCUACCAGAUGGGACGGCGAGAGGCAGGCAUGUGGGAGCAACAGGUUACAGUACGGGUGAAAGUUGAGCAGGUAAGCCCGCAAGAGAUGAUCUUGCCCGGAGCGCCAUGGGAACCUCCUGCCCCACUGCUGCCCCAUCUCGACUGCUUAUCCUCAACAGAAGUAACACUAAACCAGCCUCCCCUCAUCCCUGCUCUCAAGAUGCCCUGCAUCCCCAAACAGGAGCCCCGAGGACUUCAGGAAACAGCAGGUGCCCUGAUGGUAAACGGGAGCCGAGAGGAGAACCCUCUGCAGGGAGGUUCCAUGGAAAUGGAGCCUCACAGGGCGUUUCCUUCCGGGAAUUCCCAGGAGAACAUGGCGGCUGAAAACCGUGGCAGCGAGCGAGCUAGCCAGCCUCAGGAAGAGAGGUGCGGUGAAACGGGAGAGAAUCCGGCUGCACGCCCUGCCCCUGGCGGAGCCUCCCACCCAGCAGGAAGGCCCCUCCACCGGUGCUCAGAAUGUGGGAAAACGUUCAGCCGCAACUCGCACCUGCUCACCCACCAGAGGAUCCACACGGGGGAAAAGCCCCACCAGUGCCCCCAGUGCGGCAAGCGCUUUGGCCACACCUCCCAGCUGACCCGGCACCAGAGGACCCACGCCUCGGAAAGACCCUUCCGCUGCGCCCAGUGCAGCCGGAGCUUUUACCAGAGCUCGGAGCUGACCAGGCACCGAGCGUCCCACGCCAGGGACCGCCCUUACGGGUGCAGCCAGUGCGGCAAGAAGUUCCGCUGGAGCUCCGACCUCAUCCGGCACCAGAUCACCCACACGGGAGAGAGACCGUACAAAUGCCCCGAGUGCGGGAAGAAGUUCGGGCAGAACUCGCACCUCGUUCGGCAUCGGAGAACCCACACGACUUAGCGGGAGAUCUUCCCCCGACGGAAGUAAAUCCGAAUUGCCCGGCUCUGAGAAUUCGCCAGGGGCCAAAGCGUGGACCGUGCUCACCGCCAAGUUUGGUGCCCUUGUGGGCCAGAUGACUGGUGUCCCUUCAGCUUGAUGUCUGCAGAUUAUCUGUCAGGGAUGGCUUAGUUAGAAUGAAUUCUAUUUACGUGCAAAGCAGGAGGGACAGUGUGGCUGGUUUCUGGUUCCCAUUUUGUUUCUCGCUAGAAGCUCCACAGCACAACCAGACUGAGCGGUCCAAGAAGAUGCCCAGUCUUGCUUGGCUUGGCUUCUUGAACCAAUAACAUUGUGGUGGCACCAGCUGAAUGUCUCUCUCUCUCUCUCUCUCUCUCUCUCUCAAUUUUUCUCUUUUUUAUAGGAAAGGCGAUAGAUCUUCUAGUCCUCUAGACAGGUUUAUUGUUACAUAACACAGCCUGUAUUUCCGUAUGCCAAGAUCAUACCUUUGUAGCAAAACAAAAGCAAUGUAUUUUUUAGAGAAGACGGUCCGUUCUGUAUUUGGGGAAGCGGGGAAUCUUCAAAACAGUGGAGAUCCCUCUUGGGGAAGCUGCUUUGGUACUUUGUUUUUUUCUGGGUGGUGGUGGAAAUUACAGCUUUGAUAAACAGGAGAGUUGUCAACAUAGGGUUUCACCGGUACGGGAGUACACAAAGAGGAGGUGACAAUGAUGGCACUGAGAAUCUGGGUGUCUGGACGUUCAGGUAACAGGAGCUCUUCCCUGCCUCAAAUGCUUGGGAUUGGCAGCUGGCAUUCAAAGGGCCCCACAGGAUUUCCAUCUGGUCCUCAGCAUUGCCCCCCUGCCUCAGAGAAACGCCACCCCUUGCUACUUGCACACCUUGGCCUUUUCCUCCAAUGUAGCAAAGGGCUCUUCAUGUUCUGUGCAACAGAGGAUUUUCCCAAGCUGUUUCCUUGCUUGACUAGUUUGUGAGCUCCCUUGUGUGAGUCAAAACCCAUGCAAAAUUGGGAGUGUGAGCAGGUGACGUGCGUAAGGAAAGCAUUCCUGCCAAGGCCUCUGCUUGCUGUUCACACUCUGGGGUUACAGAAGGGGUUAAAGAGCCCUUUACUGGUGAGGAUGAGCCAGUGGGAUGAGGCCAGUGCUGCUAGCCCUUCAGUCCUUUCUUAGCAUCGCCCUGUUGAAAAUGAGGGACUGUGAGUAUGAAGGGCCACAAGAGGGGGUAAGGGGAAUCUCCUAAAAUCUCUUUGAGUUACUGCCAUUUUCAGAGUCCUGCAAAGCCCAAUCAGAAAGCCCAGAAUUCCUAUUCAUGAUUGUAGUCCAGUGUCUUCCAAACUUGGGUCUCCAGCUGUUUUUGGACUACAAUUCCCAUCAUCCCUGACCACUGGUCCUUCUGGCUAGGGAUGAUGGGAGUUGUGGUUCAUACACAGGAGACCCAAUUUUGGGAAACACUGUUCUAGUCCACCUGCUGUCCACUCCACAUGAUAGGCAAGGCUUGGGACAGUAUAAUACUUUAUUAUUAUUAUUCUCGUGUGCCUUCCUUGCUUCUCUCCUCUUCCAGCUAACAUCCAGCUAGUCAGUGAUUGCUCCACUCUUCCCUCAUUUAUGCAAUUUAUGCAAACCCCUCUACACCCAAAUAUAUGCAAAUAUGUUUUGAUUUGCACAAACCAUACCAGGCCCAGGCUUCAUUUUCUCUUCGUGCAGAAUCUUUGAGUCUUCCCCUUUUAAAAAACAAAAUUAUGCAGCUCACAGCAAGCUGCUGUUAUCUCAAAACCCAGCUUUUACCUUGUGGUAAAUGCCUUGUGGACCUGCUAGACCAGUGGUGGCCAAACCUGGCCCUCCAAUUGCUUAGGGACUACAAUUCCCAUCAUCCCUGACCACUGGUCCUGUUAGCUAGGGGUGAUGGGAGUGGUAGUCCAAAAACAGCUGGAAGGCCAAGUUUGGGCACCACUGCGCUAAGACUGUCAAGUCUCUCAGGGCGGCUGUGAAGCUGAGAGAUCUUAUUUGAAGAUUUUAACAGUGGGUAGCAGGAUCACCAAGUCCUAGACUAGUCAGGUAGUGAAGAGGGGAGUGUUCUGCUGGUAUAAACAUCAUCAGAGUUGUACCAAUGGGUUGGGAGGACUCUAGAACCCAUAGAGUGGUGGUCAACUAACUCGUGGUCUCAUUGGAGACCCAUUGAAGUUAACAAACCCAAGUUAACCAUGUCCGUUAGCUUAAAUUGGUCUGCUUGGAGUAGGACUUGUGUUGAAUACCACCCCUAGUAUCAGCCAUGUAGGACCUUAUUAGGUCAUUUUGACAGUCGUCAUAAGCACUGAAGCGAAGUCCAGGCAUCGUAAGUAACUCUUCUGGGAAUGUUCUUAUAAUACUUGGAUCUCCAAACACCUCAUCUAUACUCCUCAUUUUAUACCAACAGUGGUUGGGCAAGUAUUGAUGAGGAAUAAUUUAGGGGUUACUGCAGUAUGUGACAAUUCAUUAGCCCAGAUGAAGUGGGGUGGAGGUUGAUAUCUAGAAAGUGGGCCAGUGCCAACCAGCCUGGUUUCUUCCUGCGGUUUGGGUGCCAACCAGCCAGGGGAAAACAGUAGUCGGGCACUCUUGACUUCCAGGAGAGUGGUUUUGUGUGUGUGCAAAAGCCAUAAUUUUGGAGCUGGUUUUCACAAUUUUUGGAGUAAAACUAGAAUGCCUGGAGUCAAAGCGUGAUUUCCCACUUCAUGAACACACUUGAACUUGUAUCCCACACCACCAAGCCAGACUGUUAAGCAGGGCCGUCUCGAGCAGGUCGGGCGCCCUGGCGCUGAUGCGCGGAGAUCGCUCUGGCGCCCUCGCAGCGCGGCUUCGUCGCGCAGCGCCCCCCCCCCCCGGCGGCCUGGCGCCCCGUGCCACCGGGAGUGCACCUAGAGCCGGGAGCCGGGCCUGCUGUUAAGCUCACCAUUUCAUACUUGGUUGCAAGAGAGAAUGCAAGGUGUGUGUUGUUGGUGGGUGCAGGUCUGUGCCUCCUCAUAGGCGAGCAGAGACCCACAAAUUUGAGCUGGCCUUGGUAGCCAGAAUUUGCACUUGCUUUACUUUUCAUCAUAAUGGGGAGAAAUGUCACGCUGAGCUCUGGAGGCUUUUUCAGACCUAAUAAAUACCAGAGGGACAAGCCACACAGACACACCCUUCUCGGAGGGAACUUCCUCAAUGCUCUUCCAAGAGGCUCCACAUGAGGUCCAGGAAGAUCCCCUGCCCUUCUCUGAGCUAAGAAGGCAGAAUGAUCUCCCAGGUUUCAGGCCUAGGAUAAUUCCAAGACGCUGAGUGCAAUAAAGUCUUAAGUGCAAGACGGUCUGAGGACUCUGUCCUGUACCUAAGUGGGGAUUUCGCCAGAUUACAAAAACAAUGGUGUCACCUGCGGAGGUUCAUGCACUAAGAACACUAAGGGAGUGUUAAGAACACUAAGGGAGCGUUCACAAAAAGGAAGGGCAACUGGCCAGUUUAAUACAAACACUGGCUCUGCUCCUACCGAAAUCUGCCAGGCCUUUAACAAGACCUAAAUUCCACCUCAUAGUCAUUGUUGACAACCCAGUUAUGUAGUAAUUCUUUGUAGCUUUAUUUUAUUUUAACAUUUCUUCAGUCCUGGCUACUUGGAGGCUGACAGCCACUAGCAAAGUCUCUGCCAUUGUAGAAGGGAGAUUUCCUCCCACAAAGUCCUAACACCAAAAAGCAGAAAAGCAGUAUCAACCAGUACCAUGUUUGUUCCUUAGGGAUAAGGUUGCCAUUGUUCCUCGUCUAGCUAUUUGAUUAUGAUUCUAUUAUUCUAUGAUUUGAGCAGGAGUGAGGAGCUAGCAGCCUGCAGGCCAGAUCUGUCCCACCCCCACAAGCCUUUCCUACUAGAAACUGAAUAUUGGGGCUAGCCCAGUUGGGCAGUUUCCUUUAAAAAAAAAGUUGGAUUUUAUUUUCAUUUGUAUGGAUUAAUUUGAAGAAAUUAAACAUCUCACAUUUUUGUUUCUCUCGCUGGGUUUCUUUUUCUUUUUACAAGUUUCAUGAUACACUUUUAUUGGAAGGAUGCCUUUAAAAAGGAAUGUCGUUCCUAUUUUAAUAGUGCUUUUUUGUUACUGGAUGGGAGGCUAUUCCUUGGUGAGAGUUGCCCCUCUCACUCACUCUUGUUAGCAGGGAUGUGCAAAUUAAAAUUCAGCAAUAACUGAACAAAACCUGGAAGCUUUGCUGGUCAAGAAGCUGGAAAGAAGGUCAUCCUCAAUAUUUGAAAUAUAAAGAAGCCCUGGGCAUUGAGGCCACUCUACUGUUAUAGUGGGGUUUACACUCAACUAGUAUAAAAUUUGUAUGCCAAUGUACACAAAUACCGGGUAGUUAAGCUGUACACUGGUAGUUAUUCACAUGUAACAGUCAACAAGUGUACAGUUUGUGUACCCACGCCUAUACAAAGUGAGGGGUGUUGAAAAUGGGGUUUGCCUAUGAGCCCACCCACAUUCACCUCCAAAAUAUCUGACUAUGACUUGAUUUGAAAAGGAGGUGAUUCUUCAGCGAGUUGCUUGGCAGACACAGCUACCAUGUCAUUGUUUGGAAAUUUCUGUAGCCUGUCCCAAACCCUCGCCACCUUUUUGCAGCCCUGGCGCAUCAACAGCCUUGAGAGGGCUGAAAAUGCCCAGCCAACUAGUAUUAUUUAUCAAAUUUUUAUGCUACCUUCAUCUGAAGGUCACAGUGCAGUUCACAACAGCGGCCUGUCUUACGAAGAAUGGCAUUUUGGAGGGCUUUUCACAAGAUAACUCCCCUUCAUCACCAUCAGGUAUGAUGGGGUGGGGGUACGAGACACUUUGGAUAAUCGGGGGGGGGCAUGAUGUUAGGACACAACUUAUCAGCACCCAACUACAGUACAGUUUCCAGGAUUAUUUUGUGGAAGUCAUGGCUGCCCAUAGUGUUUUAAAUGCAUAGAGCGGGUGUGGCCAAGUUGGUGCUGUGUGCUUUUAAUGCUGAGCAGCUUUGGUCUUAGGGGCAAAUGCACCGAGCAUUGAAACCAAUGGGAAUUCUUGUCUCCUCUUCUGAAGAACCUCCAGCCUGGGGGGUUGGUGUUGCCAGCUAACACAGAGCCCUUCUCCAAGGGCAAAACGGGGCUCUCUUAAUAUUUGGGUCCCUCCAGGCCCUGCUAUACAGCUUUUCUGAAACAGACUUUCUUGGGAGGGUUUUGAGCAAAGGUUGGCUGGCCACUUGUCAGGGAUGCUUUAGCUGAGAUUCCUACAUUGCAGAGGGCUGGACUAGAUGACUCUGGGGGUUUCUCCUUAAUGUGCCUUCUUGCCUGCAAGGCCACGCUCACCCCUCUUCUCCUUAACUUCUGGUUUAGUUAACCCAGGGAUUCUGAUGCCACUCAUGUUUCUGCCUUCUAACGUUUUGCACCCACUGUGCCACCUUGGGCACCUACGGUAUAAUAAUACCCUCCUGCUUUGGUGAACACAGGAAAUAAAACGUUGGUUGAAGUCCACAGCCAGGGCCUCAACUUAUCGACACCGGUUGUUGAGCCCCUGGAGUUCUUUACAGAAAUGUCUGGAGGGCUUCCUCCUACCUCCAGCUUUGCACCUUCAACACAUAGUGACUCUUCGUCUUCACCCAUUCCCUCCACUUUCUCCAAGGCAUUUGAUUAAUACCCAUCUUACCAAACUCCCCAAAGGUAACAUAUUGAGGGUGAGGCUGUAAAUUUAGUUCAGCCUACAUAAAAAUACGCACAACAUAAUACAGUAGGUUUGUUGAAAUAAACACAGGAACAGACUUCAAACAACAACUUGGAACAUGAAAAGAAAAGGGAAACCUUAGCCAAUCUAAUUCAGACCAGUCUAAUAGGUGAGAUUAAAAAAUGGGAGAACAAGGCUAGAUUAUCAUAAAUAUAUUUCUAAGCUACCAGACCCUCCAAUUGUCUAGGGACAACCCCAGAUUUACAGAAGCCAUUCCGGUUUCCAAUUUGAUUCUGGAAUGUCCCGUUUUUUCUUAGGACAUUCGGGCCCAAUCCCUGUUCUGAAACUUCUGUCCGUCCACUUCAUUCAUAGGCCCUCAGUUCCAGUAUUACAACCUGUCAUUUAUAGCACAAUCUUCUUAUUGCCUCAGUCCCAAGACGCUUGUUGGUGAGGCAGGAGCCGGAAAAGUAGCAGCAGCCAUAAAUACCGGAGUAGCUCUGGCAAUAUGCAGCAAAUUAACUAACAGCAAGGUUAACUCACAGCAGGAUUAUGGACCAGUGGUACCAAGUAGUAUGGGAAACAGCCUUACUAGAAAAACUAACCAACAAGCUGAAACUAGCACGGGG